AUGCAGGCAGCCCUGGGGUAUCUGCGCGUCUUGAAGAACGAAAACAUCCACCUCGACCCGAGGUACCUGCUCCUUGAGGACAGGGAGGACCGCUCAGCAGCCGAGGUCGCGCAGAUGCUGUCACCUAUGGUCACAUCGAGCACCACAGAUCGGGAAUACGUGGAGCGGGACGGAUGCCUCUGCAUCAAUCGAUGGGUCGAGGACGGCCGUCUCAGCCGUAUUAUGACCGAUGAAGAAGAAGAGAUGGCAGCGCAGCGGAACUGCAGCGCCAGAACCGCUUUCAGCAGCCACUCGCACACGCGGGACACAACCAUCCUGUGUUUUGAGGCCGACGACAUGGUUCCCGUCAGUGCGGAUGUCGCCAAUCCGCUCGUCCUCGAUGCCGGCGCCACGUAUCUGCUCGUCGGCGGAACAGGCGGCUUGGGGACCAAUCUUGCCACCUUCCUCGCCCGCAAGGGGGCCCGGCAUCUUGCCAUCGUGUCUCGAUCGGGACCAUCCUCCCGGAACGCGGCCUCCUUGACGCAAGACCUGGCUGCGGUGGGCGUGCAGGCCACGCUCUACGCGGCCGACGCAUCUGACGAGGCGUCCAUGCGGGUGGUGCUGGGGCGCUGUGCGGCCGAGAAGCCGCCGAUCCGCGGCGUGAUCCAGUGCGCCGCCGUGCUCGACGACUCGGUCUUCGACAACAUGACGCACGACCAAUGGCGGCACGCGACCCGGCCCAAGAUGCACGGUUCCUGGCUGCUGCACCAGCUGCUACUGCCCCACGAGAACGGAAACGAAAACGAAAGAGGCCUGGACUUCUUCGUCAUGCUCAGUUCCAUCGCCGGCGUCGUCGGCAACCGCGGCCAGGCCAACUACGCCGCCGGCAACACAUACCAGGACGCCCUGGCCCAGUACCGUCGCCGGCGAGGCCUGCCCGCCGUCGCGGUUGAUCUCGGGCUCAUGUUGGGCAUCGGGCUCAUCGCCACCGAGCGCGGGGGCGCCACCAACCUCAAGAAAUGGGAAGCCGUGGGCAUCCGCGAGCCCGAGUUCCACCGGCUCAUGACGGCGGCCAUCGCGGGGUGCUGGUUGGCGCGGCCCUUCUGCUUUGACGAUCCCCGCUUUGCCUAUCUAAGGAAGAGUGGUGUCGUCGCCGAUGCGGAUGCAGAUGCUGCUGCCACCGGACGUGAUAGUGAGGAAGUCGAGUCGCUUAUUACCGCGCAGCUGGGGCGGGUGCAGUCGCUGCGCGAGGCUACCGACGUGGUGAGUAGCGCCCUGCGGCGCCGGCUGGCCCGGGAGCUGCAAACCGACGUCGACAAUGUCGAUGCCGGCCGCCCGCUGCACGCCUAUGGAACUGACUCGCUGGCGGCCGUGGAGAUCCGCAACUGGAUUGUCGCGCAUCUGCAGGCCGAGCCCAGCUUAUUUGACGUCCUCGGCGCGGGCAGCAUCCAGGCUUUGGCAGCGCAGAUUGCUGUCAUGUCCAAGGCGGUUCCUAGUACUGUGCAGGAGCAGAUUUAG